AUGCUUUUCGACACUCUUCGCACGACCGUUGCGCCUGUUUGUCGAGCGUGGUAUCAAGCGAUUCGAGACCGCUUUAUCAGAGACGUUGCUUGGGACGACGCACGCAAGGACAAGGAGUUGAGCAAAGUGCUGGCUGGGAUACCGGGAGCAGGACGACUGCUGUGGCAUGCUCAUGGGACCAACGGGGAUCUUGCCAUGGAACAGUGGACGAAGCUUCAGUCUGCUUUGAGCCGGGACUACAAUAGACGUCAACGGGGCCAAGGCCAUUCCAUGAGGCGACUCAUGCUGGAUAGCCCUCUGCUCCAACUUGAACUGAGUGGGAGCGUCGAUAUCGCGAAUUGCCUUCCACGGAUCCACAAGUACCUGGGUUCUUUGACCUGCCUGAAACUGUUUCUGUCCCGCGACUGCACUAUUGAUGUCGAGCCGCUGUUUCGGGAUUGUCUCGGCCUGGAAGUCGUCCAUCUGGAGACUACAGGUUUUCUAGAAACGGUUGGAGAGUGGGUAUCGACAGCACAGCAAGCGGUCGGUGGGGCCCAUCCGCCAAUACAGCUGCAACUCCAGACGCUUGUCCUCUGGAAUGCCAGUGUUCAUCAAGCAGGCUUCGAGCGAUUUCUCACCAUGACCCCGAGACUCCGGAGACUAAAGUGCACCUCUAUGCAGCUACAGCGUUCGGAAUCACUAUAUUGGGAUAGAGGCAUCGCGUACGAUCAGGCCCACUUUUACCAGCAUGUCGUCGCCCUUCCUUACAGACUAGAGUCAUUUCACCUUUCGUUUGAGGAUGGGCUUCCUGCCAUCUCUGGGUUCUCCAAGUCGCUUCGAGUGUGUCCCGUAUCAUCUGAAUGGACUGUUGACACCCUUGACUUGCCGUUGAGCAUGAUGAUGGUCCUUCAGGAUCAGCCCAAUCACGUCACCACUCUCGAGUUGGUAUGCUAUAGCCACUCCGAGCGCUCCACUCAAAGUGUACUUCAUCGAUAUCUCUGCCAGGCACCUCACUUGCUUCACUUGCGUGCACGCAAUAUCAUUCUUCCUGUGGCAGAGCUCGACAUACACGGGCUUCUCACCACACCAUCCACGGAACCAGCGGUGACCCCAACACCAGGAACAGACACCGUCCCAUCGCCUUCUGGAGCAGCAGCAGCAGCAGCAGUUUGGGCUUGUCGGCGUUUGAGAAGUCUCCAGGUGACUUUUGGCUGGGGUUCUAGAGAGUCGAGUUUGGUUUUGGUCCAGUCCAGGGUGAUUUUCGGCUACAUAUCCAGGGUUUGCUCAGAACUCAAGGAGCUUACUAUAUAUCGUCCCGAGUCAAGUGAGGACGACGUUGACGAAGCACGGUCAACGUGGCUGGACCUCAAAGGAGGCCUCUGUCUCCUCAGUCGACUAGAGCAUUUGGAGCGUUUGCAGAUCGGGUCAGGAUUGAAGGAGAUUGGGUGUGAGAGGGUCGAUUUGGAUUGGAUGGUUCGGUCGGGAUUUGUUGGCGUUAGGAGGUAUGUACGAGUCCUGGAGAUAUCGAAUUGGUAUGGUGAGCUUUUGGAGGAGAGGGAGUUGAUGGAUGUGGACGAGUUAACGGCGGGGGGUCGAAAGAACAGAGAGGAUGGUCUCGAGUUGAGAUACCUCGGUCGGUUGCAGGAUGUGGCGACAAGACUAGAGGAGUUGGAUGCUGUGGAUGUGGUUGGGGUUGGGGGGUCUAGAUGCUGGCCUUUAUUGAGCAGGCUGUCUAUCGAUUGCGGCAGUGAGUUUGGUCGUCAGCCUGAGAGGGAGCUGCAGCGGAUCCUUGGUUGA